GAAAUGACACUGACAGCAAGUUGAAUUUUUUUACACGAUUUAGAAACCAGCACAAGACCAGUCGUAUAAUAAACAUAUAUUUUUCUGUGAUAUUUAGUAAUUUACCACGAAAAUUGUUAAUUUUCUCUUCUCAAAUGCAUCACGCGGUGCGAUAUGAAAAAAUCGAUUUCUUGGGUGAAGGACAGUUUGCGACCGUAUACAAAGCACGCAAUACAGAAACCGAUGCCAUUGUUGCGGUGAAAAAAAUCAAAAUUGGUUCGCGAGAAGAGGCCAGAGAUGGUAUCAAUCGGACGGCACUGCGUGAAAUUAAAUUGCUGCAUGAAUUGCAGCAUGAAAACGUGAUUGGGCUGCUCGAUGUGUUUGGACACAAAUCAAAUGUAUCGCUGGUAUUCGAUUUUAUGGACACCGAUCUGGAAGUAAUCAUAAAAGAUCCAAAAAUUCCAAUCCUCACGCCGGCCAAUAUCAAAGCUUACAUGCUACAGACACUUAAAGGGCUAGAAUACUUGCAUAUGAAUUGGAUUUUGCACAGAGACUUAAAACCGAACAAUUUGCUGGUCAAUUCAAAUGGCGUACUGAAAAUUGGUGAUUUUGGUUUGGCCAAAUUCUUUGGCUCACCAAAUCGUAUUUAUACACAUCAAGUUGUCACACGGUGGUAUCGAUCACCUGAAUUGCUAUUCGGAGCCCGUCAAUAUGGCACUGGUGUUGAUAUUUGGGCUGUUGGUUGCAUUCUGGCCGAGCUAUUGCUGCGAAUCCCUUUGCUGCCAGGAGAAAGUGAUCUCGAUCAGUUAACUAGAAUUUUCACAAUGUUCGGAACGCCGACCGAACAAACAUGGCCAGAUAUUUCUCAACUACCGGAUUACAUACAGUUUAAGCAAUUUCCUCCGACGCCGUUGAAUCAUGUUCUGUCAGCGGCCAGUGAUGAUUUAUUACAGCUAGCAGAAUGUCUAUUUAAAAUGUAUCCAAUCCAGCGAUGUACCGCUACCGAAGCACUCAAAAUGGAAUAUUUCUCAAAUAAACCAGCACCAACACCGGGCUACCUCCUUCCUAUGCCAGUAUCAAAUAAAAACAAUACCGAUGAUGAAGAGCCCAAGCCAAGCAUCAAUUUGAAGCGCAAAAUUGAAGCUAUCGCUGAAGGUGUUUCUGUUCCGAAAAAGCGAUUGCAAUUCUAAACAUAAAUUUUAUAUAAAAAUACGCUUUACAUUAUAAUUGAAGUUCGACUCUUGUGUUCAAACAUGAAGUUUUUUCCUUGUUUCUAAAACAAAUUGUAGAAUUAAUCAUUAUCACACUUCCUAAAACUGAAUAAAUCUCGCUCUUUUUGUAUUUACCGAA